GGAGGGCCGGCAGCGGGGCUGGAUGUGCCCGGCUCCCCCCGCGCUGAGGUGGGCAGCGAUGCAGAAGGCAGGCGGCAGCUUCGCCUCCGCCGAGAGACACCCGCUCAAGAUGGCAGAUGUGUGUUGAGUUUGGGGGGCUGCGAUCUCGCGUCGUUCGUGGCGGCGUUGCCAUGAAUAACAGGCGUCCUUGCACCGAUGGCCCCCAUGUACGAAGGGCCUGUGCUGACAUCUGUCUCUGGAGGGAUGAAGUAAGAGCAGUCACAGACAGCUCCUACCCUGAAAAGUGGGAAAGGUAUGGCCUCGCAUGUGCAAGUUUUCUCUCCUCAUACCCUUCAGUCAAGUGCCUUCUGUAGCGUGAAGAAACUGAAAGUGGAGCCGAGUUCAAACUGGGAUAUGACUGGGUACGGCACACACAGCAAAGUCUACAGCCAGAGCAAGAACGUGCAGUCCUCCCAAGCAGCCGCCGCAGCAGCCGUCAACGCCUCCCUCCAGAUCCCCAAUCCGAGCAUCCCCUACGAACAGACCAUCAUCUUCCCAGCAAGCACGGGGCACAUCGUGGUGACAUCUGCCAACAGCACUUCUGGUGUGGUUGCAGUGUCUGGGCAAACACUGGGCGGGCCACACAACCUGAUGCGUCGCAGCACUGUGAGCCUUCUGGACACCUACCAAAAAUGUGGACUUAAGCGCAAGAGUGAGGAGAUUGAGAACACAAGCAGCGUGCAGAUUAUCGAGGAGCAUCCACCAAUGAUUCAGAACAAUGCCAGUGGGGCCACUGUAGCCACCGCCACCACUUCCACAGCCACCUCCAAAAACAGUGGCUCCAACAGUGAAGGGGAUUACCAGCUGGUGCAACAUGAGGUGCUCUGUUCCAUGACCAACACGUACGAAGUGUUAGAGUUUCUUGGCCGUGGAACCUUCGGACAAGUAGUCAAAUGCUGGAAACGUGGCACUAAUGAGAUUGUGGCUAUCAAGAUCCUAAAAAACCACCCUUCCUAUGCCCGGCAAGGCCAGAUUGAAGUGAGCAUCCUGGCUCGGCUGAGCACGGAAAGUGCGGAUGACUACAACUUUGUCCGUGCUUACGAGUGCUUCCAGCACAAGAAUCACACAUGCUUGGUCUUUGAAAUGUUGGAGCAGAACCUCUAUGAUUUCCUAAAACAAAAUAAAUUCAGUCCCUUGCCCCUUAAGUACAUUCGACCAAUUCUCCAGCAGGUAGCAACUGCCCUAAUGAAGCUGAAAAGCCUGGGACUGAUUCAUGCUGAUCUCAAACCAGAGAACAUCAUGUUGGUAGACCCAUCCCGACAGCCAUAUAGGGUCAAGGUCAUAGACUUUGGUUCAGCUAGCCAUGUAUCUAAAGCUGUGUGUUCUACCUACCUUCAAUCCAGAUAUUACAGAGCCCCUGAAAUCAUCCUUGGUUUACCAUUUUGUGAAGCAAUCGAUAUGUGGUCAUUGGGAUGUGUCAUUGCAGAGCUGUUCUUGGGCUGGCCGUUAUACCCGGGAGCUUCGGAGUACGAUCAGAUUCGCUAUAUUUCACAGACGCAGGGCUUACCAGCAGAGUAUUUGUUAAGUGCAGGGACAAAGACUACGAGGUUUUUCAACAGGGAUACAGACUCACCAUAUCCUUUGUGGAGACUGAAGACGCCAGAUGAUCAUGAGGCAGAGACGGGGAUUAAGUCGAAGGAAGCAAGAAAGUAUAUUUUCAACUGUUUGGAUGAUAUGGCACAGGUAAACAUGACAACGGAUUUGGAAGGAAGUGAUAUGUUGGUGGAAAAGGCAGACCGGCGGGAGUUUAUAGAUCUGUUAAAGAAGAUGUUGACGAUAGAUGCAGAUAAGAGGAUAACACCCAUUGAAACUCUGAGCCACCCUUUUGUCACCAUGACGCACUUGCUCGAUUUCCCUCACAGCACACAUGUCAAGUCCUGCUUCCAGAACAUGGAGAUUUGCAAGCGGCGGGUGAAUAUGUAUGACACAGUGAACCAGAGCAAGACGCCAUUCAUCACCCACGUAGCCCCAAGUACAUCAACCAACUUGACCAUGACUUUUAACAACCAGCUGAACACAGUCCACAACCAGACCACCAACCUGGCUCCCACCUCCUCCAGUGCCACUAUUUCCUUAGCCAACCCCGAGGUCUCCAUACUAAAUUACCAAUCUGCACUCUACCAGCCCUCAGCGGCGUCCAUGGCUGCGGUGGCCCAGCGGAGCAUGCCCCUGCAGACAGGAACAGCGCAGAUCUGUGCCCGCCCCGACCCCUUACAGCAAGCUCUCAUCGUCUGCCCACCAGGCUUCCAAGGGUUACAAGCCUCCCCUUCAAAGCAUGCUGGGUAUUCGGUUCGGAUGGAGAACGCAGUUCCCAUUGUCACGCAGGCUCCUGGGGCCCAGCCUCUUCAGAUCCAGCCAGGACUCCUCGCACAGCAAGCGUGGCCCAGUGGCACUCAACAGAUCCUGCUCCCUCCUGCCUGGCAGCAGCUGACCGGGGUGGCCACCCACACUUCUGUCCAGCAUGCGACCGUCAUCCCGGAGUCCAUGGCAGGCACCCAACCACUGGCAGACUGGAGGAACACACACGCUCACGGCAGCCACUACAACCCCAUCAUGCAGCAGCCCACGCUGCUGGCCAGCCACGUGACCCUGCCCGCCGCCCAGCCCGUCAACGUGGGUGUCGCCCACGUCAUGCGCCAGCCGCCCGCCACCACCUCCGCCAGGAAGAGCAAACAGCACCAGUCGGCGCCCCGAAACACAUCCACCUAUGAAGUUUCAUCCUCUCAGUCCAUCAGCUCGCCCCAGCGGUCGAAACGAGUGAAGGAGAACACGCCUCCCCGCUGUGCCAUGGUGCACAACAGCCCUGCCUGCAGCACCUCCGUCACCUGCGGCUGGGGCGACGUGGCCACCAGCACCACGCGGGAGCGGCAGCGGCAGACGAUCAUCAUUCCCGACACCCCCAGCCCCGCAGUGAGUGUCAUCACUAUCAGCAGCGACACGGAUGAAGAGGAGGAGCAGAAGCAUGCACCCACCAGCACCUUGUCCAAGCAAAGGAAGAAUGUCAUCAGCUGUGUCACCGUGCAUGACUCCCCCUACUCUGAUUCCUCCAGCAACAACAGCCCUUACGCCGUGCAACAUCGUGCAGGGCAGAAUAACGGGAACAGCUACGACACCAAAGGGGUUCCAGAGACUCACUGCAGUGGGAACCCCCGAACGAUCAUCGUGCCACCACUGAAAACCCAGGCCAGUGAGGUGUUGGUAGAGUGCGAUAGCCUGGCACCAGUCACCACCAGUCACCACUCAUCCUCCUACAAGUCCAAGUCCUCCAGCACCGUGACCUCCACCAGCGGUCACUCUUCAGGGAGCUCGUCUGGAGCCGUUGCCUAUAGGCAGCAGCGACCAGGAGCACAUUUCCAGCAGCAGCAGCCUCUUAAUCUAAGUCAGGCCCAGCAGCACAUCACGACCGACCGCACAGGGAGUCACCGGAGACAGCAAGCCUACAUCACUCCAACGAUAGCUCAGGCCCCGUACUCUUUCCCGCACAAUAGUCCCAGCCAUGGUACAGUUCAUCCCCACUUGGCCGCGGCGGCCGCUGCUCACCUGCCCACCCAGCCCCACCUGUACACAUACACCGCCCCCGCCGCCCUGGGCUCCACGGGCACCGUCGCGCACCUGGUGGCCUCCCAAGGGUCUGCACGGCACGCGGUGCAGCACACCACCUACCCUGCCAGCAUCGUCCACCAGGUCCCUGUCAGCAUGGGCCCGCGCGUCCUGCCCUCACCCACCAUCCACCCGAGCCAGUACCAGGCUCAGUUUGCCCACCAGACCUAUAUCAGUGCUUCUCCAGCCUCCACAGUCUACACUGGAUACCCACUGAGCCCUACCAAGGUGAACCAGUACCCUUACAUCUAAACACUGGAAUAAAAGAGCGAGAGACGCACCCAUCCCGGGGGGAGUGAGGCAGCCGCUUUUGUAUUGAAGAACAUGAGAAACUUAACAAUGCAAAUGGGAGGCUCGUGUGAAACUUGAACGAAGGAGACUUUAAGGAAGAAAAGAAAAAGAGGAAAGAAGGGGGAGAACCAAUUCUACAAUUUUUAUUUAAAAAAAAAAAAAGAAAAUGGAAAAAAAAAGAACAGAAAAAAAAUAAACCACAAAAAACCAACCAUUCUGCACCAAACUAGAGAGAAAGAGAGAAGCAGAAGGACCCUCCAGCGGGUCUUGUCUUUUGAAGAACUUCACCAACAGACUUUUAAAGGUUAUUUUCAUCCAAUAGUGAGCUACAUUUAGAAAUUUGUUGUCCAAAACACCUAAAAUGAAA